CCCGGCCAGCUGGCAACGUCACAGAUUUGUUGCAACACGUGUAGUGAUUACAGUUUCUUAGGUUUUAUUGUUACGGUCGUAAGCUGAGACUAUCCUGGUAAAAUGGGCAAGCCGAAGAAGGCCAAUGUGGCGACGAUCAAGAAUGUGAACCUGGAGAAACAGAUCACCGAGGGCAAGGUGGCCAAAAACAAGAACAAGGAUAAGGUCAAACUGCGUGCCGAGGAAUCUGCGAAUAUAGAUGCCAGGAGCAGCCAAAAGAUUCUGGCCGCGGCCAAAAUGCAACAACUGGAGUUAGACGAAGAGAAUUUUCCCAGUUUGGUCACCGUUAAGAAAGUCAACUUCAGCUUGAACGACGGCAAUGCCAAGGAGGAAGAGGAGGUCAACGAGACGGACUUCAUGGCCGAUCUGGACAUGGACGAGGAUGAUGUGGCUGCCUUCGAGCGGUUUCAGCAGCCGGCGCAGGAGGGCAAGCGCACGCUGCACCUCGCCAAGAUGAUCAUGCAGAAGAUCCAGGAGAAGGAGGCCGAUAUACACACCAAGAUCUCCGAUGAGGGCUCGCUAAAGAUCGAGGAGAUUGAUCCGAAGGUCAAGGAGAUGUACGAGGGCGUACGUGACGUGUUGAAGCGCUACCGCAGUGGCAAGAUCCCCAAGGCCUUUAAGAUCAUACCCAAACUGCGCAACUGGGAGCAGAUCCUGUUCAUUACGGAACCUCACAAUUGGAGCGCUGCUGCCAUGUUCCAGGGUACGCGGAUAUUUUGCUCUGUGCUGUCGCAAGCGAUGGCCCAGAGAUUCUACAACCUGGUGCUGCUGCCUCGCGUUCGUGACGAUCUCUGCGAGUACAAGAAGCUCAACAUGCAUCUGUACAAUGCUCUGAAGAGGGCUCUUUUCAAGCCAGCUGCCUUUAUGAAGGGCAUUAUCCUGCCACUGCUCGAGGGCGGCGAUUGCACGCUGCGCGAGGCCAUCAUCUUUGGCAGCGUGGUGGCCCGCAGCUCCAUUCCCGUCCUGCACUCCUCCGCCUGCCUGCUGAAGAUCUGCGAGAUGGCCUACUCCGGUGCUAACUCCAUAUUUAUUCGCUACUUCCUGGACAAGCGGUAUGCUUUGCCCUAUCGCGUCGUGGAUGCCGCCGUCUUUCACUUUCUGAGAUUCGAGAACGACAAGCGUGAGCUGCCAGUGCUAUGGCACCAGAGUCUGCUCACAUUUGCCCAGCGCUACAAGAAUGAUAUUUCCUCCGAACAGAGGGAUGCUCUUCUCCAGCUGUUGAAAAAGAAGAGCCACUUCAAGAUCACACCCGAUGUGAGGAGGGAACUGCAGGCGGCCUCUUGUCGCGAUGUGGAAAUGAUGGAGACGGACAAUGGCUUGGCCGGACAGCCAGCCAAGAUGUACACAGAUGCCGAUGUGGAGUACGAAGGCUAAGGCAGAACUAAAUAGGGUUAAUUUAAGAUACACUUGUUUACUAUUUAAUACCACGAAUAAUGGAUCGUAUAGUCUAUAUGUAAAUAUAUCUACAUAUGCAGUAAAAUCAAA